CCAGGAGGAGGCUCAGCACAGAGGGAGGAAGGACAGCAGAGCUGACAGGUCAGACCAGUCGAGCUCAGGAGCAUUCCUGGAGCCCAAGCUCUUCUGCACAGAGGACGGAGCAGGCAGCAGAGACCAUGGAGCCCCCCUCAGCCCCUCCCCGCAGAGGUCGUGUCCCCUGGCAGGGGCUCCUGCUCAUGGUCCUACUUGUAACCUUCUGGAACCCACCUGCCACUGCCCAACUCACUAUGGAAUCCGUGCCGCCCAAUGCUGUGGAGGGGAAGGACGUUCUUCUAGUCGUCCACAAUCUGCCACAGGAUGCUCUUGGCUACAACUGGUACAGAGGGGACAAGGUGGACAGCAGCUAUCGAAUUGUAUCAUAUGUGACAGGCACUCAAGUAAACACCACAGGGCCUGCAUACAAUGGUCGACAGACAAUUUACCCCAAUGGAUCCCUGCUGUUCCAGAACGUCACCCUGAAUGACACAGGACACUACACUCUACACCUCAUAAAGGCAGAUCUUCAGAAUGAAGAAGUAACUGGACAGUUCCGCGUGUACCUGGAGUUACCCAAACCCUCCAUCACCAGCAACAACUCCAGCCCCGUGGAGGACGAGGACUCUGUCGCACUAACAUGUGAACCUGAAACUCAAGACACAACUUACCUGUGGUGGAUAGAUGGUCAGAGGCUCAAGGACAGUGACAGGCUGGUGAUGUCAAUGGACAACAGGACCAUCAUUUUACUCAGGAUCACAAGGAAUGACACAGGACCCUAUGAGUGUGGAAACUGGAACCCAGUCAGUGGCAACCGCAGUGACCCAGUCACCCUGAAUGUGCUCUAUGGCCCCGACGUCCCCACCAUUUCCCCCCCAGACUCCUAUUACUGUCCAGGUGCAGACCUCAACCUCUCCUGUCAAGCAGCCUCUAACCCGCCUGCACAGUAUUCCUGGUUUUUCAAUGGGAGUCUCGAGGAACCCACACAAGAGCUCUUCAUCCCCAACCUCACUGUGGAUAAUAGCGGAUCCUAUGCCUGUUUCGCCUACAACUCUGCCACUGGCCACAACAGGACCACAGUCAAGACUAUCACAGUCUCCAGUGGUUCAUCACACAGAAAUUCUCUGAGCCUCUCCACUGCAGCCAUUGUUGGCAUUGUGAUUGGAGUCCUGGCUUGGGUGGCUUUGAUUUAGCAGCCCUGGUAUAUUUUCUGUACUUCAGGAAGACUGAGACAUCUUCAGAGCCAGCCAUGGCCAGAGGAGUCCUCACUCCACGUGAUCCUGACCCCAGCUCUCCUGCCUCCUCUUCCACUUACCAGGACCCUUCUGAUUACACAGGGACACGCAGACAAUCCGGCAUCUUCUCCCCAUCUCAGGAUCUUUAACUUACUCACAUCUCUAAAGUUGAUUUUACCAAAUAAAGUAACAUCAAAGACCUCCAA